AUGUCGAUUGGAGUUCACAACAUCGCUGUAAGCGAAAUUACCCCUGAAUGGGUCAAUUUGUCGCUACUAGGAAGAGUCUUGGCGUAUGACUGGUCUAAAGAAGGCUACAUUUUCGCUUCCAUUUUUGCGUUUGUGUUUCUACACUACUUUUUCCUGCGUCGGAAUCAAGCCAAGGUGGCCAAAUGGGUUGCAAGUCACAGACCCGUUCUAACUAAAGAGUUUUAUCAGGUUGGCGUAUCACCUAACCCAAAGGAUCCACUUGUUGCUCCAUACUCACCUACCCUUUACUCAACUUACGCUACAGGCCGCGUCGGAAUUGAUGCUGUCAAGAUUGAGUUUGGACUCAAGGGAAGACAUAACCCAAUCACUUUGUCUUUGGAGUAUCUCCUUGACUUGUUUUUUGGCCACAAGGUCACUGAUGAUUAUGUUAAUGUUACCAUUGUCCCCAGCUCUACCUCUGCAGCCCCCAUCCAUCCUUGUGUUUUUGCUGUGAUUAACAAGGAGGACAUGAAGGAGGUUCGUGAAGAAAACUAUUACUUGUCGAUUACCAAGACUUCUGACUCUCCCAAACUUCCCAAUACCUUUGUUUUUAUGUCUGAGAGUGCAGAGUUGACUGAUAACCUGUUUUCCACUGAAUUGUCUGAUGCCAUUAAGAACUCUUCUGCUUUCCUUAAGUUUUUUGCUUUAGCUGAUCUUCAAAAGGAGUCACCUAAGAAGCUUGAAGAUCUUGUUUCUCACCCACGCGUUAUUCUUUCAUUCCGAUUCCCUAAGACUGAGGCUGAGUAUACUGCUUCUUCUGUUCUUUUACAGGCUGCCAUUGACUUUGUGGACUCUGCUCCUGCAAAAUCAUUUGUGCGUCCAGAGGUUGCUAAGAAAAUUAAGGCCACUCGUGACUCGGAAACCCGCAAGAUUGUUAAAGCUUUGGAUGAAGCUAAAGCUGAAGAAAUUGCUAAAAAGAAGGCUGAGGAAAAGAGAAACCAGAGAAACGCCAUUUCAAAAAUGUCACCUGCUGAGCAAAAGAAGUAUGAGCAGCGUGAGCGUGAUAAGGAAAUGCGCAAGCUUCGCAGCAAGAACGCACGUAGAAUUUAG